AAAGCAUUGAGGCAUGUACGACGUGGUCUUUCUCCUCUUAGUUUUUGCUGUAACUAAUAGCAUGGACAGCACUUAAAUAGUUUUGUAUAAUUUAAAGUCAUUUCUUUUCCUUUUUGAGUUUGGCUCAAGCAGCAAGAAGUAAGGCAAACUGUGUAUUCUUAAAAUUUACGUGGACAGCAUCAUUGUGUGGGGAGCAGAGAAUGGCUGAAGAAAACUCUAUUUUAGCCAACUCAGUUGAAGCUGAUGGAAUUGUAACUAACAUAUAUCAUCCAGAACUUGAUAAUACAGAAGGAGUUGGAGAUAGUGUUCAAACAACAGAAGAAAAAUUACCAACUGGUGAGUUAAAAAAAUUCCUUUUAACUGAAACUAUGACAAACACUGAGGGAGCUAAAUUCAUUGUAGGAGAAAACAGCUCUGAUGCAGAAAUGUUUGUUACAAACACUGAGAAAACCAAUUCAACUGGGGAAGAUAGUAUACCUGCUGCAGAAACCAUUCUAUGUAUUAGCGAAACCAGCUCCCUUACAGCAAAAGUCAAUGCAUCUGCUGAGGAAAUCACUUUGCCUGCACAAAAGGCCAUUCCAAGUGAUCAGCAAACUAGUUCACCGAGAGAAGAAAAUAUUCCAACUGCAGACACCAUUUCAAGUAUUGAAGUAACAAGCUCCCCGACAGAAAAAUUACAUGCAUCUGCUCAGGAAACUAGUUCACAAGCAUGGGGGACUAUUCCAUGUACUGAGGAGACCAAUUCUCCUAGGGAGGGAAAUAUUCUAGCUGCAGAGACCUCUCUAUGCAUUAAUGAAAUGAGACCCUCUUCGGAGAAUGUCACUGAACAUAUUCAGGAAAUCAAUUCAUCUGUACGUGAGAUAAUUCCGUGUAUCGAGAAGACCAUUUCAUCUACAGAACAGGUUAUUCGAACUACUCAGAAAAUUCAUUACCUUGCAGAAGAGAUUAUUCCAUGUACUGAGGCCUAUGUCCUUUCAGAGAUGGCUAUUUGGGAGACAUCUACUAAUAAGGCUACUCCAUUUGAAAAGGAAACCAGCUUCCCUACUGAACUGAAUGAGAAAAUAAAUCAAGCUACAGAUGAAAUAGACUCACCUACAGAAGAAAAUGUUUGCUCCACAGGAAGAACUAUUAUCCCUACAGUAUUCACUAUUCAGGAUGUAAAUCCAGAAUCUGAGUUAGUAACUUCAUGUUCUCCAAUAAAACAAGAUACAACGGUAGAAAAUCGUCCAUUGGAAAUUUAUAUUCAUGGUGAGAGAACUGAAGCAGUCUCUGCAGGCAAGGAGGUGAUGUCUUUAUCUACUGGAGAAGUCUAUAAGGAGAAUGGAACAGAUAGAAAUGUGAAAGAUCCAAGCACUGAUAAUAAUGAUGAUGAUGCUGGGGCCGAAGAAGAGAUCUACUCAGAAUUCCAACAGGGAAAUGAAUCAUCAGGGUCUCCAUCAACUAGUUCCAUUCUCAGUUCGCAACCAGAGUCACCAUUUAAUGUUGAUUCCGCUGAGGACCAUCCAGGGUCUUCAAGAAGGCUUGAUAUUACCAAACACAGCUAUUCCAGGUACAACACCGUCUCUUAUCGCAAAAUUAAAAAAGGAAACACAAAGCAGCGCAUUGAUGAAUUUGAAUCAAUGUUAAACAUAAAUUAGAUACCAUAAACAAAUUUGUAAUGGUAACAUGUUUUUGUCACUUUAAUUAGCUAAUAUGAUUGCUUUUCACUUCUUAAGUUGGAAUAGAAAAUAAUUCAGCAUUUCAUUUAAAUGUAAAAUCAAUAUUGCUCCUUGAAUUCAACCUACAAAGUAUAUGAAAUGCAUUAUUACAGCAGUUAUCAAAUAAAUGAGAAACAUAGGUUGUUUAGUAGUAAUUCAAACACUCUAUUUUGGGCACAGAAUACUCAGUGCACAAUGUAUUGCACAGUAACUGAACCUCUGAAAAUGUGAUUUAGCAAAAGGCUAUGCCACAUGCUAUUUGCUUCAAAUCUGACUUUUAACUUUGGAGGUUAUUCUAUCACUAUUGCUUGUUAGGUCUAAUAAGCAGGUAGGCUAAAGCAUGAUGAUGGAAAAAAAUCUUAAUUCAUUCUCAGCUGAAUAAAUCAUAAGUUCAUUCAGUGCAAUAAUAAUGAAUGGCACUUGAAGAGUCAAUACAAUUUGCAAGGUUACCACAUUAAAAUGCAGCACAAUUGUUCCUUGUGCAAGUGGAUAAUCUGAAUUAAAGCUUAGUCAUUUCAUGUGACCAUACUUAAUUAGGUUGAAUGCAUACUUUAGGUACAACUCUUGCUGUUCUAAGAAUUUAUUUUCAAAGAUCAAGUACAGUCCUUUGUGAUUUUCUGCUGUUACUAUGAACAGGAUGUUGAAUUGGCUGCUGUCUUGGAGAUUUAAAAGAUGAAAUAGUUAUAAAUGUGACUUGAAACAUUUUAGUAUUGCUUCCUGUAAUAUUAACAAGUCGUGUUUUUGAUUUUAUCUUUGCUGCUCAUUCUAUGCUUAAAAAUAAUAAAUCCAUAUACCAAAAA